CGAAAACAGGUUCAGUUUGUAGGGGCUUCGGAGGGAGCGGAAGUGGUUCGUGCGCGAGGAACUGGGGGGCGGGGGACGGUGGCCGCUUUGGCCCUGCUUCCGGCGGCUCCUCCGAGGGAAACGCCCAGAGUUGUGUUCAAGAUGCUUGCCUCAUUUUAUCGAGACCAUUGAGCUUAGCAGCCUACUGGGAAUUUGAAUGAGCUUUCCUAGCUGAAUCUGAUACUCUGAUCUGAAGGUAAUUUUCCCCAGUGGACUUUGAUAAUGGCGAAGAUGGUAAGAAGACAAUGUGCAUUUUGUCCCCAAGACGAGGACGGUGCCAUUAUGUAUGUUGCUGAAGAACAAAAUCUUGCAGUUCAUCAGGACUGUUUGUUGUAUUCCUCGGGAUUUGUGGAAUCUGAUGAACAUAGCUCAGACAGUCUUGAUAUAAGGUUCGAUGUGGCUUCAGUAGUCAAUGAAAUAAAGAGAGGGAAGCGACUGAUAUGCAAUUUCUGUCGCAAGAAAGGAGCCACAGUUGGCUGCGAGAUAAAACACUGUCGCAGAAGUUAUCAUUAUUUUUGUGCUCUGUGUGAUGAUGCUGCAGUACAAACAGAUGAAGUACAAGGCAUUUAUCGAGUAUUUUGUCCAAACCAUGACCCCGUCAAGCAAAACAGUUUUUAUGAUGAAGACAGUAAGAGGGGAAAGAACGCAAUCCUAAUGAACUCUGCCUCUACUAGAAGAAAAAUGAAUGAUCAAGAAACACUUGCAGAAGAGAACCUACAACCCCUCAGGAAAAAGCCUAGCCAACAUAAAGUAAGGAUAGAGUUUUUAAGAAAGUGUAAACAAGCAGGACUACUUGAUGAAAUAUUUGAGGAAAUGUUAGACACCCUUCAUCUGGCACAGGAAAAGCUAAUGGAUGACAAUACUUCAGAAACAGAAUAUGAAGAAACAGUAAUAUCGCUUUUUGACUGUGGCCUCUUUGAAAAUAUACUUGCAGCCACUCGCUCAGGAACAGAAGAAAAAAUUCAGGAGCUACUAAAUACAAGGAAGAGACUGGAUGCCCAGAUUGAGCUUCUAAAAGAUUUGAAAGAAGUUGUACUUCCAGUUCCAGAAGACACAGCUAGCAUAUCUAACAGUACCUCUGAAUAACCCACAUAUUUCUGUACUUGUUUGAUUUCUUAUACCUGAUUUCUUGCAUAAAACUGAAUUUACAAUAGACAUAUUUAUUGUUUUUAUAUGUCACUUUGUGAUAUCUGUUCUUUUCUAGAUACUACAGCUGAGACAUUUUGUUUUAAAGAUCCAAGUUUGUGUUUGGACUGCCUAAUGUUGGUACAGGCCUCUUUGAUGAUUGAUUGCUGGGUGGGAGUUGACAUGCAUUAAUCAGUAUACCACCUACAGAAUCAUGCCUGUAUCUUUCUUUCAUUUAUAUGAGAAUUGACAAGAAAGACAGAUGAAUUUGCCACAUAUGCUUCAUAGCUUCAUUGCAGAAGAUACUAUUGAGAAAUCACUCCUGGAAUCACUGUGUGCAAAAGGUUCUUUAGCGAUCUCUCUGCCAGUUGAGUUGUAAACAUGCAACUUUAACUGUGGUGCUUUAUAAUAGUAAAUGGCCAACUAUUUCCCUUGCCUUCAAGACAGACAGGAUUUUAAGAUGUAAACAAAUGUUUUCUAACAUUCCAAAAAGACAUUGCACACCCUGUAUGUACUUCUUGCAAUUUUUAUAGAUUGGGUCUUACAUGUCAUGAUCAGGUAGUUGUGACUGUGCAUUAGUUGUUCACAGCACCCUCAGGACAGCUUGUUUAAUCCUUAUGUGAAAGCUCUAAGAAUCAGAAAUGUAAAAAAAAUGCACAUUUGUGUGCUUUAGACUAUUCAAAAUGUUUACUUUUAAUUCCAGAAUUGUAAAUAUGUUUAAUAAAAGGUUUUUUUUUACAAAG